AUGCUUCCCUUGUUUAUAUUCAUUCUUACUCUGGCCCAUUGUUCAGAGGCCUUUGCCCCAUUGCAUGCAACUACAUCCAGUGCAAACUCCAUAUUGAAAACACGAACAGUUCUGACAGCAUACAAGAAAUCCAAAACAACCUCUAGUGCAAACAAGAAGGUAUCCAACAGGAACAAGGGAUCAUCGGAGGAUGAUGACGAAAAAGGAGGAGUCUUCUCCAAGCCAGCCAAUCUCAUAUUUUUGCCAUUUGUGGCCAUUUUUGGACUGGAUUUGGUGUUGAAUAUUCUGGUGGUUGUCAAACGAUCUAUUGAAGUUGCCUUGACGGGCCAAUAUACGUGUACGGGUCCUUGGUGCUAG